AUGGCAGCAACCAAAAUCCCUGAGGUAGUGCUAGGCUCCUCCAACGGGCAGAGGACCAUGCCUGUGUUUGGCUUUGGCACAGCAGCUGACAACUUAGACUCGAUUGCUUUGAAGAAUGCAGUUCUUGAAGCUAUAAUACUGGGUUACAGGCACUUCGACACGGCUUCCAUAUACACCUCAGAGCAGACUCUAGGUGAAGCUGUGGCCGAAGCUAUUAGCCGCGGCCUUAUUACCUCCAGAGGCCAAUUGUUCAUCACUUCAAAGUUGUGGUGCAAUGAUGCUCAUCCAGACUUGGUCAUUCCUGCUCUAAAGAAAUCACUUCAUAAUCUUCAGAUGGAGUACCUUGAUCUGUAUCUGAUUCACUGGCCCAUAAGUGGUAAGCCAGGGGAAUUAGUGUACCCGCUAACCGAAGAUGUCCUUGUGCCAUUGGACUUGAAGGGGGUUUGGGCAACCAUGGAAGAAUCACAGAGACUUGGCCUCACCAAAUCCAUAGGAGUCAGCAAUUUCUCUUCCAAAAAGAUUGAAAAUCUGCUCUCUUUUGCAACUAUUCUUCCUUCUGUUAAUCAAGUUGAGAUGAAUCCAUUUUGGCAACAGAAGAAGCUAAGAGACUUCUGCAAGUCUAAUGGUGUAGUUGUGACAGCCUACUCUCCAUUGGGUGGCAUUGGGACAAGUUGGGGUAGCAGUCAUGUUCUGGAGAGCAAAGUGCUUCAGGGAAUUGCCGAGGCUCGGGGGAAGACUAUUGCUCAGAUUUGUAUCAGGUGGGUGUACCAGGCAGGGGCAGCAGUUGUAGUGAAGAGCUAUAACAAAGAGAGGUUGAAGAAGAAUGCGCAAGUGUUCGACUGGGAAUUAUCCGAAGAGGACCUUGAGAAGAUUAAUCAAAUCCCACAGCACAAAGUGAUUCUUAGAGAAGAGUAUGUUUCUGCAAAUGGACCAUUCAAGUCCCUUGAAGAACUCUGGGAUGGAGAGCUUUAAGUACUCCAAUAUUCACUGGCCAGGCUUGUUAAGUUUUUUGCUUUUGUAGU